AGGGAGGAGUGCUAGUAAGGAGCGCAGAGGAGGAGGAAAAGUUUCCUGGUAUUUCAAAGUCCCAAUGCCUGUUGGUGUAUUCUGGAGCAUGAACUGAAGCAGCUGUUCCUGUUCAUCGUUUAAUAGAGAUCUAGCACCGUCUGCACUAUAUCUGUCUUCCUCCGGAUGAGUCUACACUUCCAAUUCAGCUGCUCGUGACAGUGAGAUCCUAGAGUUGGUAUUUUUGAGUAAAGAACAAGAAAAAUAAAGCAAAGGAUUCAUCCUCAGGCGUAAGGGGAACAUCUAACAGCCUGUCUCUGCACAGAGAUCAAGGUACCUUUGGUCAGAGAUAAAAGAAUUCUGCCAUCAAGAACAUCAGGAACUUUUGCAGUUCUCCAAGGUUGAAGGACACCAACUAGCAGGAAGAAAAAGGUCUGAUUCCUCCAAAUUACCCAAAGUGAGACUUUCCUUUUCAGCCUUCCCUAGAGGUACCAAAACCCAGACUUAUCUGUCAAUCUGAGGAUCACAAGGCCUUUGAACGAAAGAAAAUUUAAAGGAAGGGUCAAUCCAUAUUUGCCAGGCUUCUGCCAGCAUAUUCUAUAAUCAAGACUUAAAAAGAGCCUGUCCACCAAAUUCUGUCCAUAAAGUAGACAUCUAAAUUCUGACAUCUUCACUUCAAGAAGCGUCAAUUUCCAGACGUUAAUUCCAGGCAACUCCUGAUCUUCGUACUUAAGCAAGACAUCACAGAGCAGACCUCCCGCACUUGCCUAUGGCAGACUGGAGCUUGCUGGGUAAUUUCCUGGAAGAAGUGCAGGAGCAUUCGACCUCAGUAGGCAAAGUGUGGCUCACCAUCCUCUUCAUAUUCCGUAUCCUGGUGCUGGGCACUGCAGCAGAGUCUUCGUGGGGUGACGAGCAGGAGGACUUCACAUGCGACACAGAACAGCCAGGUUGCGAGAACGUUUGCUACGAUCGCGCUUUCCCCAUCGCUCAUAUACGCUUCUGGGUGCUCCAGAUAGUCUUCGUAUCUACACCUUCACUUAUCUACAUGGGACAUGCCAUGCACACUGUGCGCAGGGAGGAGAAGAGAAGGCAGAAGGAGCAGGAAGCUGACAGUGGAGGAGGUGGAGGUGGUGGUGGUGGAGGAGGAGGUGGUACAGAGAAGUACCCAGAGGAAGAAAAGAAUUGUGGAAAGGAGGAAUCCAGCAGGGGGAAAGUGCAUCUGAGGGGUGCGCUGCUACAGACCUACGUCCUGAGUAUCAUAAUCCGAAGCCUGAUGGAAGUGAUCUUCAUCAUAGUUCAGUAUGUAAUCUACGGAAUCUUCCUCGAAGCACUAUACCUGUGCAAUGGGCCUCCUUGCCCACAUACAGUCAACUGUUACAUCUCACGGCCCACUGAAAAGAACGUCUUCAUUGUGUUCAUGCUCGUAGUGGCCGGUGUGUCUCUGAUUCUGAGCGUUCUUGAGCUCUACCACUUAGCAUGGAAGGAGUGCAAAAGGUGUGUGACUGAAAAUCAGGCCAAAAAGAAUCAGAGAUCUAAUACAACACUGGCUAUAACCUCUACUUCUCCAGAACCUUCCACACCAAACAGAGCCUGUACCCCACCACCCGAUUUCCACGAGUGCCUAGCAACAUCUACUCCACCUUCACACAUAUUCCAUACAAAAACGCACACACACACCCACACACAUCCGAGCUGCCCACCAUUUACCAACCACCUGGCACACCAGCAGAAUUCUGCCAACAUUGCAACAGAGCGUCACCGCGAUCAUGACAGUACAGGACCUGAAGACUUUCUCAAGAUGAGCUUCACACAGGAAUCCACAAACAUGCCCAAUAUGUGUGUUCCACCCACACUGCUAAGCAAUGGAUCCUUGAGCAACAAACGACGAUUCAGCAAGAGCAGUGGGACCAGCAGUAGAGUGAGACCCGACGAUCUGUCGGUAUAGCCUUGCGCCCUUAGGCUAGGCAGCCAUAAACUAGUAGUAAGUUUUGCAUAUUUAGCCAGAAAACAAACAUUAAGUUUAAACCAAGAACCAUCUGCUGCAAGAAAAGUAGUCUACAUUAAUUCGAUAUACAAUAUUAUAUUCCCCGCAGGUCUGUAUUAUGGUGCAUAGUGAUAAUAACUUAUUCAUUCAUAUCCAGUUACCUUUUUGGUAAGGCUUCUGGUGAAUUCACAGCCUAGCCCGGAACAUUAAACACAACUUGAAUAAGACAGUGACACUAAUCCAUCACAGGUCACCAUGCACAUAUACACCGAUCAAGCAUAACAUUAUGAACACUGACAGGUGACGUGAAAAACACCGAUUAUCUCAUCAUCAUGGCACCUGUUAGUGGGUGGGAUAUAUUAGGCAGCAAGUGAACAUUUUGUCCUCAAAGUUGAUGUGUUAGAAGCAGGAAAAAUGGGUAAGUGUAAGGAUUUGAGUGAGUUUGAUGAAGGGCCAAACUGUGAUGGCUAGACGACUGAAUCUCCAAAACUGCAGCUCUUGUGGGGUGUUCCCGGUCUGCAGUGGUCAGUAUCUAUCAAAAGUGGUCAAAGGAAGGAACAGUGGUGAACUGGCGACAGGGUCAUGGGCGGUCAAGGCUCAUUGAUGCACGUGGGGAGCGAAGGAUGGCCCGUGUGGUCCGAUCCAACAGAAGAGCUACUGUUGCUGAAGAAGUUAAUGCUGGUUCUGAUAGAAAGGUGUCAGAAAACACAGUGCAUGACAGGUCAGGGCUGUUUUGGCAGCAAAAGGGGGACCAACACAAUGUUAGGCAGUAGGUCAUAAUAUUAUGCCUGAUCAGUGUAUAUUCACACCUAAAGGAGUACCUAGACAAAGUCUGAGGACAAGGGACAACAUGCAAAAGUCUACAGCUUCGGCACUAAGAUCAUGCUCAGGAUCAAACCGAGGAACUUCAAGCUGUGAGGCAGAAACUCAAGCUGCUGUGCCACAAUGUUGCCCUGGGACCCUUAACUGUGAAUAGGAAGAGAGAUAUAAACUUCACUAAAUCCAGGUCACUGCUUUAUUACAGACAUCACUGUUACAGGUUUCAGCUGCAUACCUUUAGCAGCUAUUAUAAUCUUCUAAACUGCAUUUGCUUUAUUUUGCAUUAUGCCUCAUCUAGAUGAAGUUUGUUGAAUGGUAGAGGCUCGUCAUACAUUAUAUAAGAAUUUUCACCACAAGUAAUCAAACACCUUUGCUUCUAUAUGUAAAUAACAAUGUGUGCUUUUUCCAUGUAUUUAUUUUUAGCUUUUAUUAUUAUUGAAUCUCUUUUCAAGCAUAUAUAGCAGCUGAAACAUCUGUCUUGGGCAAGAGCAUGGAAACACUAAAAUGUGCAAUACCAGGCUUGGGAACCUGCACCGUUCAACCAAAGAUUUAUGUCAACCACUAGAUGGCAACAAAAUUCAGUCCAUUUUUUCCCUACUGUUGCUCAACCCUGAGUGUAAAAUAACCCACAUUUAUCCAAAUUCCCCUGCAGUGCUGAAAGGUCAUGUAUGCUCAACCGUCCAAUGAAGCGCUCACGUUCUGGGAUUUCUUGUCCAGGCAAAACAGAAACUGCUGCUUAUGUUUCUGCAGCUGCUAAAUAAUCAUACCAUGUGCUAAAAUUAGACCUGUAUGCCAUUUGUCCCUUACACUGGGUAAUUAUAGAAGUAGAGAGCUGGAGCUUGGGAGCAGCACAGUGGGAAUGUUACAAACCGAUGUGUUAAAGUACGCAUGCGUGAAACUAUUGUGCAAACUGAAUUACGCAGCAACACUGAAGACUCGUAACAACGAAUAAAACUAACCAAGGUUCAUGAUGAAUGAUUGAAGCUAUUCAGGCAUGAUUUGAAAAGAAAGUGUCUUUCAGCAAGCGUGGAAAAAUCUCUGGUACCACUGAAGGAGAUUCCAAAGCUUCUUCUAGGAGUUGAGUGGCCUGUGCAUGGACUCUAUGCUCUGCUAAAAAGGACCUUUAGCUGGUCAUGCCAUGUCAAUUUCUAAAAAUUCCAUGGAACUGUGCAUCCUGUAGAGAUUAUCUAAAGACAUUUUUUUCAAUUUACUGAUAAGUACAAUUUGAGUUCAUUUUGUGAUAAUGUGUGAUUAAACAUUAUAGUUUGAGUAUGUAAUAAAUUCUUUGAAAGCCAA